CCUGAAUAGUCAUACUAGUCUAGAUACAAGCUUCGACACACCACCUUGCUGACAGGCCCUGUACAGGUUGACCAUCGAGGCCAUAAUUAGCAGUCUGCUUAAGAAUGAGUCUUCUAUUAAAUCCUAGGCAGUCAGAGCGAAGGGCCAGCAGGCGUUAACGUCAGCUGCAGCUUCCAUCGUUUGAAUGCAAACCCACCAACAGCGCCAGCUGGAGGCCAUAACCUAAGGAGCAAUUUCUGGAAUUAUUGGAGAUUUGUACUCUACACGCUUUCGAUCAGUGGCGCUUGCCCGGGGCAACAGCUUGGAGCCGGCCGUUGACCAAGGCGCGACGUAACUCGCAGAAUCCUGGCUGGAACAAGCCGCUAGCACUGGAUAAGGAGAAGUAAUGAUGCUAAAUGCAAUUCGUCGCUGUUGUUAUUGUUUACGUGCGGCAAAGGGAACGAGCCAGCACUAGGUGUACGCGGAUGGCAUUCGACCGUCCGCGGCAGGAGCGGAGGUGCAAGCCCAACAGUAUCCUGCAUCGUAUAGCUCCAUACAAGCUAUAACUGGAAUACAAACGUGACGCCGUCCGUGAUGCUUGCGGCGGCUGUGACAAUCGCCAUCCUCGGCUUGGGAUGUGUCUUACUAUCAGCCCUCGCUUGGUGGUUGUGGCGCAGCCGGGCCCAUGCGCUGCGUCAGAAAGCAGGCCAGGAGGCCGGAAAGGAUAUGAAGAACCUAAUCUACCAGUCAGCUUACACAUUGGAACCGGCGGCAUCAGCGACCACAACUCGGCCCACCAAGAGUAUUGCGGACUCAAAGGAAAUGGCCUUCGUUGUAACAGAUAUUGAGGGCUCCACGCAGCUCUCUGUCGCCGGUCGUACGGUGUACGGACAGCUGCUGGCCAUUCACGACCAGCUCAUGCGUGAGGGUAUUGCCAAAUUCAACGGCACCCAGAUCGUGACGGAGGGCGACAGCUUCCUGGUUGCCUUCCACGGAGUUGCGGAGGCGGUGGCGUUCUGCCAGGACCUGCAGUGCAAGCUGCUGGACACCCCCUGGCCGCGGGCGGUGCUGCGGCUGCCGGGCUGCCAGCGGGUGGCCAAUGCGGAGGGGGAGCUGGUGAUGCAGGGUCCCCGCGUGCGCAUGGGAGUGCACUGGGCGCUGCCGGGGCUGGUGGCCUGCCGCCCGCACGCCCUCACGCGGGCACCCAUGAUGGUGGGCAUCGCGGUGUCCAUUGCGCAGGAGAUCAGCGACGCGGCGCAUGGCGGCCAGAUCCUGAUGUCGCAGGAGGCCUGGGCGCAGCUGCGGGGCAGCAUGCCGCGCGCGGGCUUCCCCGUGGUGCGGCGGCUGGGGCUGUUCCAGCUGCGCAGUCUGGAGGGCAGCCCCGCCUGGUUGUACUCGGUGGAUGGGUCGCUGCUGCGGCCGGUGCGGCGGGAGGGGCUGCCGCCGCCGCGUAAGCUGGUGCCCGUGUGGCCGCCGCCAGGUGCGGCCAUGGCGAGUGACUGGGGCCUCUACGUGACGGACCCGCCGGUGCCGGUGCGUGGCGGGUCCGAGGAGCUCACCUUUGUGUCGCUGCGGCUGCGGCUGCCGCCGGGGAAACGCAGCUCCCGGCCCCGCUGCAGCACCGGCCACACCAGCGCGGCGCAGCAGCAGCCCGAGGAGCACCAGGUCCCCUGCAGCGUGCUGCUGGCCCUGCAGCAGCUCUUUGUGAAGCAGGCGCAGCAGUUCGAGGGCUACAUGUUCGGCUCGGACGCGCUGACGGACCGGCGAGGCUAUUUCAGCUUCGCCUUCGCGACGCCCAGCAAUGCCCUGCGCUUCUGCCACACCGUGCAGGUGGGCCUCAUGUACAGCAGCUGGCCGGACGCAGCAGCCGAGUACUUCGGCCAGACGGUGGUGGGAAUCGACGGGCGGCUGGUGUUCAAGGGCCCGCGGGUCGCUGCGUCCAUCCACUGCGGCCGCAAUUACGACAUCGUACCCAUCGCAUCCUACCACCCAACUGCAGCCCCCGGUGCCGAUUACCGGGGCCCCGAGGUGGCGCUGGCGCGGGCACUGGCGGACGCGGCGCACGGGGGGCAGGUGCUGCUGACGGAGGAGGCGUGGCAGGGGGUGCAGGACCUGCUGCAGGCCUUCCCCAGCGCCACCUACACCAUCAACCUGGGUCUACAUCUGGUGGCACCCGAGUUCAGGCGGCCCAGAUACCUGCUGGAGGUGA